AUGGCCCCAGUCCCCCAUCUCACCACUCCUCCCGGAAAAGCAACGCCCUACGUCCUUCCUUGUUUCACUGGUGAACUAUGGACAAUCCCAACCUCAAAUUCCACCAUGAGAUUACUCGUUACUGGAAAUGAAACCAAUAAUGCUUUUGCGGUAGUGGGAACAGGCGGAACUAAGGACAAGCCAAUUGGAUUCCAUUAUCACAAGGAGGCUCAUGAUGUGUUUUUGUGCUUGAAGGGUACGCUGAAUGUAUGGGCAAAUGAUGAGGCGAGGAGUAUGGGUCCAGGUGAUUUUGCCAGCGUGCCACCGGGAACUAUCCAUCAAUAUCAAGUUGCUUCUUCCCACACCGAGUUCCUGGGCCUAAUUAUUCCAGGUGGUUGGGAAGAAUUCUUCCGCUUCAUUGGCGAACCAUAUUCUGGUCCCCUAUUCCCCACAAACGACAACCGCAAUCCUUUCGAAGUUUUGAUUCCAAAACUUAUGGCGGCAACUGAGAAAUUCGAUAUGAUUCCAGUGCGUGAGAAGAAGAAUUUUGAUCCACAGCCAUGGAAUGGUACCGAAAAUAAGCUACCCGGAAAAUGCGAAAACGGAGGAUACUUCCUCAAGGAGGGAGAAGGAGAAAAGACGGUCAUCGGUGGUACAGUAGUGAGACCUAUGUGCAGAAGAGAGGAAACAAACAACAGAUUCUCCAUCUAUGACAUUUUAGGAAGCUCUAUACAUGCAUCCAAAGCAUUCAACAAGGAAGUUCAAUUUAAAGACACACACCAUGCUAUAUACACAGUAGAUGGUGCGCUCAAGUUGACAAUUGGCGGAGAGGAAGUCAUAGCACCAGCGGGAGAAACCACAUUUGUACCCGCGGGAACAAAGUUCAAGGUUGGCUUUGAAACCGUGUAUGCGAGAGCAUAUGUUUUUGCUAAUGGGGGUGGUAUCGGAGAGUUAUUGAAUGGGCUAGGAAGUGUAUAUGAGAGUGUGGCAGUACCGAAUGAUGUGGAGGGAAGUUGGGAUGAAGGAAAGUUGAAAGAAUUGGAAGCAAAGAUAGGAGAUUUGAGCUUUUAA